CCUGUAGUAGAGGAGAGCUUGAAGAAGCUGAAGACAAGGUUGAAGUCAUUUUCUCAGCCUUACAUUACCCAACCUCACAGUCUACCAGUCAAGAUUAAAGGCACAAAUGGAAGAUCAUUCAAGACACAUCAUAUACUGGCUCAAGAUGGUGGCCGCUCACCAACUGUUGUACGAUCAUCUGUGUUUGAACUUGUGAAACGCACUUCACAAAAGAGAAAACCACCUCUCAGGCAAAUGUUGGUGGAUCCGCAACUAAAGAAUUUCACACAUUCUGCUAUAUUAAGGGCCAGUGGUAUAUCAGAGGAGAAGACUUUGAACCCAGUUCAGUUGGCUACCCUGAAAGCAGAACGAAUUGCCAGAGAAAAAGCAGCAGCUGCUCAAAAUGCUCUACAGCAGCAACAACAACAACAACAACAACAGCAGCAACAACAACAGCAGCAGCAACAACAACAACAACAACAACAACAACAACAACAACAACAAAAUCAACCAGUCACGACACCUGCACAAUUACAACAACCACAGAGCUCCCAGCUUCCACAACAGACUGCAACCAAACAGUUGCCAGCCAGUGUGCAGUCACUGCCAGCGCAAAAAUUGACCACUACCACUCAACUGAACUCCACAUCUGUAGCAGCAGCAGCAGCACUUCAGAAAAGUGCAACUCUUCAGGGAGCUACAGGAACCACACCUGCAACAACUUUACUCAAGACAUCAGCUCCUGGUAUUGUGCUCACAGGUCAGACGGUUCCAACUGGGACUGCAUCCAGCAUUGUGGUUAAUACACAUAAGGGUAAUGCAGCAGGUCUGAGCUCCAUUGCAUCUUCUUCAUUUGCUACCAUCAACAAAAGGAUGCAAGGAAAACUGCCAACCCCUCUUGUUCAAGUGCAAACUAAGGUGUCUUCAGCUGGUGUAGCCACAACAAGAUUACUGCAGACUCAGCCACGUCAAGUGAGUAGUUCUCUGGCGUCAAGCACAGCAACAUCACUUACACUAGGUGCCACAACCAGCAUGACAUCGGCAUCAUCAUCAUCAGCUGUGGUCAGUCAGAUUGGAAGGCAGACUACUCCAUCAGUUGUCACUGCAAGUCAUAAUCUGCCGGUAUCACCACAGCAGUUUGUAAAUCAACAAGGUAUUACGUACACUCCACAGCAGGUUGCAUUGUUUAAACAACGACAACAAAAACUACUACAACAACAGGCGCAAUUGAAAAAGGUGCAACUAGAUCAGAUGCGACAUCUUCAGAUUCAACAAGUUAAACAAGGUCAGGUGACACAAGGUGCUGUUGCAUCUACUGCCAGCUCAAUUGCAAAACCAGGCACAUUGCAGCAACCUGGUGUACAACAGAAACAGCAGCAGAUUGCAAACCUGCAGCAAGCAACCCUUUUGCAGAAGAAGGCUACUGCACUCACCCCACAGCAAUUUCAGCAGCUCCUGGCAACACCAAACAUUGCACAGUUAAGUCCUCAGCAACAGCUGCAACUACAACAACAACUUAAACAACGCCAGAUGAUGCAAAAGAUGGCAAUAAGGCAACAGCAACAGCAACAACCGCAAAAGGCAGUGGGAGGGGUGGCCAGUCUUCAAGGUGCACAGGGUGGCCAGAUGGCUACUGCCUCUGCUACAGUGACAACACCAAUGACAUCUCAGGCUCAGCUUCUUGUGGCACAACAGCAGGCGGCAGGUACUGCUCAGAAGAAGUCGGUGACUCCUCAGUCCUUGGUCAAGCUGGGCACUCCACAGAUUCGGCAACAACCACAGCAGUCUCAGCAACCCCAGCAGAUGACUACUGUCACACUGCAGCGGAACACAGCAGCAGCAGUGCAACUGCUUCAGAAACACCAGCAGCAACAACAACAACAACAACAACAACAACAGCAGCAGCAGCAAGUUCAACAACAACAACAAGUUCAACAACAACAACAACAACAGCAGCAGCAGCAAGAUCAGCAACAGCAACAACAGCAACAUACAUAUGCUAUGAGGCAGCGUAAACAUUAAAGAAGCUUCAGUCAUUCCAUUCAAACUUGACACUUGUUUAAAGGAGUUUUGUAAAAUUAGAUAGCAACUGUACAUUUUCAUCUCUUUUUUUUUUUUUGGUACUGAGGGUGAAGAAGUAUUUCACCAAAGUGUCAGCCAUAUUUUCAUGUUAUGCAUUCUUUAAGUGUAGAUAAAGUCAAGACAGUUGGUUGUCAUUGUCAUGAAGGGGUUACCUUGCUUUCAUAGUUUUAAUUCUGAUGCAUUUUUUUUCCUUUUGUCAUGAUGCUGAAACUUAAGUUGAAAACCGCUGUUCAGUUUGUUUUCCACCCAUGGGGGAUUGUUAUUUUUUUGUUUCUUUUUUUCCUCCAAGACAUGGUGGUUCUAGUGUUUAAAGUAUUCAUUUGGGUUCCAAUUUAUAGUUACCGUAAGUUGUAUUUAAAAGUUUAAUAUUGGAAAUUUUUUGUUCAUUAAGGUACAUAAUUUCCUGUGAGUAUGGAAGCAAGCCCUCUCUUAUGACAUGAUUUGUUUGUAACUGCCUUUUUGGUUUUAUUUUUUCAUAUUAGUGAAGAAACUGAACUGCUUGGAUGAUGAGCAAGUACUGUGUGAUUUGGCCAGUAUAAAUAAACCACUUCACAAUUUGCUUACCGCACCAUUAACCUUAAAGUCCACCCCCUCUAUGCACAUUUAAAAAGGAAACCCUGCUUUUAUUGGAAUAUGAUUGCAUUAUUUGUAAUUGGCCAUUUAUUGUUUAGUUUAAUUUACCUAGUCCAAGAUGGUGUGAUUUUGCAAUCGACAACAAAGAUACAGUUUAUCUAACAUAGUGAUAAUUGUUUGAACAUGUGAAAUAGUUUCACCAACUAUGAAAUGCUUCUAUACAUCCAAUGAGCCCCCUUCUACUCCUUGGGCAAGAAUUCAGUUUUGAUGUUCAUUUAGGACUUUGUGGUGUUUGAAAUUAAACCAGUGAUUAAAAGGCA